CACCUGCCAUUUCACAACACAACUUUGCAAGAAUUUCAUUUUGUACAGUUAAACAGACGAGGAAUAAUCUUUGUUUAUUGGAAAACUUCAACGAACAACUUGGAACAUGAACAACUGGACGUUUUUUGGACACUUAUCUUCGAUAUUACAGAUUCAUCCAAAAUUGUAGAGUGAAUUAACCCUGGAUACAACAUGGAAUGAAGAGGGCCUGGAUUACAAUUUAGAAAGCAGGUCAAGAAUGGGCGGGUCGAAUGUGGUUCCUUGAGGAACAUUGCAUUUUAAUUUAGGCUACCUGGUUUUUACAGAGCUUUUCUCGUGAAAGCUUAUAUUCCUUUUACUGUCUUUGUCCCAUAAUAUACCUGUUUCCUCAGUCAGGCAUUUUGAUUAAUACUUGAUAUAAAACUCAUCUCGGCAGAGAGUAUAAAGGCCUGGAAGGCCAUGGGGAAUAGCAACUCCAGGCCAAAGAUUUGCCAAGUUGCACCAUCUCAUAGUCAAGCAGUGGAGAAUGAGCCCUCAAUGCUUCCAACUUCACAGUGGAUGAUCACUGCUGUUCAAGGCACAGGAAUGCAAGAGAAAGGCAUUCUGGGACAGGGGAAGACCAACCAUCUGCCACCUUUGACAGGAAGACAGGAAGUGCCUCACAUUGUCCAUUUAGAGCAAGGAACCCAGAGUGUAUGUGAUAUAACUGGUCACAGCAUUAUAAAGUCUCACCCACCACAACCAGCAAAGGGAUGGCAACCAAUGGCCCCUGCCAUAGAGUUUGACUUGAAUCCUUCCAAACACCCAUGCAUGAAACACAAAAAUGCAGAGUCUGAGGGCAUGGAAUGGAAAGAUGGGCCUGUCCACCGCUAUUCCACUCCCAGCCUGGGAGGACAUUGUGGCACAAGCAAAACACAACAGGGACACAUGAAAGGUCUUCUUCUGGCACAGACGAUGCUCAGUCACCAAGCAACCAAGAAGCGUCAAGCUCAGCAGAAGUGCUUUAGGCAAAGACGGUGGAAACAGAAGAAGGUCUACAAUUCCGAAGUGGAAGGAGACAAUAUGGAAAGAAUGCAGAGAGUCCGGAUUGUCUCUAGGCCAACGCAAAGAAACAUCUUCUGGGAUGAGUCUGAGGGUCAGAUUCUGGAUGUGAAGGAGUUGCUGCAACCAAGUCCAGAGUUGACAGACCCAAACAUAGAAGAAGACAUGAUUGACAAACCACUAACGGGUGGAUUUGUGGCUGAGGUAGAAGACUGGAAAUUGGGAGGUUUGGUGAUGGAAAGUUGUAAGAACUCCCAGUGGUCUACUAAUAGCAAAACAAAUCUGGAAGGAGGAUUGACAGAAACUGUGCAAAUGUACUGUGACUUAGCUUGGCGUCAAGACUGGAGUGGGCUUGAGAAAAAAAAACACUAAAUCUGACAUUUCUCUGGGUUAUUUAUGAAACUAUGUGCAGGUGAGAGGGAAGAACGGGAUAUUAAAAAGAGUUAUUUGUUCCAGGCGGACUCUGAAAAACACAGUAAGACAGUUUGGGAGGAUUCAAGCACAAGAUGAAAUGUACAUUAAGGAUUAAAGGAAUAGUUGGCCCAAAAUAGUUUCCGGUCCAUCUUUUCAGUACAAUGGUAGUUGAUAGUGACUCACUUCAAAGCUUAAAAAAAGACCCAAAAGUAUUAUAAAAGUAGUCUAUGUGACUCGUGCGUCACAUUCCAAAAAGGCAUGCAAUAUGUUUUAGUGAGAAACAACCACUCGUGUGCCACAGUGAACAAGCUUCACUCAUUGUGCUCGCAUAUCUUCGCGUGGAUACCAAGCAGAAUUAAGUUUUUACUUUUUGGGCUGGUCAUGACAUGAGUUAAAAGUAGGGCUGUCAGUUGAUUCAAAUUAAUUACAUGAUGCGCUGAUUAAUUAAUUAAUCAAAUGAAUCACAACAGGGGCAUGAUUAAUUGCAUAUUUUUUAACACGUUAUUUUUUAUAUAAUUAAUCGCAUUGAAUUAACUCAUUAAAUUGACAGCCCUAGUUGACUGAUUCAACUUUGCUGAGGCAAGCUUGGUAAGCAAAUCUAUCACAUCUGUCUCAUGCUAACAAGUGUACGGUCUAAAGGCCUUUUCACAAAGAAGGCGACGUGAUAAUGAAAGACAAAUUGGCGACGAAAGGCCCAUUCACAAACAAGGCGAAUGAUCGGCGUGCGCACAUCCACACCUUUACAAUAGGUGGCGCUGAUUGACAGUCAGUUUUACUCCUGUACAGCAAGUGACACAAUGCUCCUUUCAGCUGAUCUGCCCUCAACCCAUCACGGAUGAGAAGAGGAACUACUUAACAAGUUCAUGUAAUGAGAGACAACCAAGUUCUCUAGCGAGUAGUUUAAAAAAAUCUAACAAAUUUCUCUACAAGCUGCAGCAGUGAUGGCAAGUUUGAUGUUGAUUUGCUACACAAAAGCCACUUUCAUAAACUAUUUCAAUUCACCUACAGUUGACGUUUAGGCUACACCACAUUCUAAGAGGUGAUUACAAAGAAUCAAGAAAAAAAAAUUAACAGUUAAAACAAAUGUUAUCAAUUGAAACAAUACUGAUAAUAUGCCUUUGUCAUGCACAUCUAGUGUUAUGUACAUUUGUUUAAAAUCACUGUGUAACAUAAUAAGUGUUGUCAAAUGGAACAGUACUGAUUAUAUGUUAUUGCCAUGUACAUCUACAUGUGUUAUUUGCAUUUGUUUAAAACCAUGCAUGUUGCAAAUUAAACGUGACAUCUUCGUGCCAAGUUGUCUGGACUCAGUGAGCACCACUUCCUGAGGAAACAAAGGACAUCUGAGAAAAUCAGCAUUUGAAAUCUCACACAAUUGACAUCUCUACCUGAAACACUACAACCCAGUAAGCAAAUAUUGGAAACUCACUCCUCGUUGUUCUUCAAUAUCUGCUCAAUUCACCCCCUCUCCUUUCUCCCAUAGUCCUCAGCGCAAUAUCACCUCAAACCCACCUAAGAUCUGUAUGUAUGAAAAAUACUCUAUCAUUAUCACCAAUAAAUUACUUGUCCCAAUGAUCCUUCCUCCUUCGGUUGUGGAUUUAAGCCUUGUGAUUAUCAAAAGAUAUACAUAUAAAAAUACGUUUAUAUAUUUUUCUGAAAUGUACCAGUGGAAGGGGACAAUAUGGAAAGAAUGCAGAGAGUCCGGCUUAUCUCUAGGCCAACGCAAAAGUACAUCUUCUGGGAUGAGUGAGGGAGUUGCUGCAACCAAGUGCAGAGUUGACAGACCCAAACAUAGAAGAAGACAUGAUUGACAAACCACCAAUGGGUGGAUUUGUGCCUGAGGUGGAAGACUGGAAAUUGGGAGGUCUGGAGACAGAAAGAUGUAAAAACUCCCAAGGAUUUCUAAAAUGCCAGGGACAAUCUGAACAAAAACUGCAACUUCAACGGAUCUGAGAACAGACACUUUUUACACUGUCAAAAGCAGGGUAUGCACAUGAAAUGAUCCAGUAUCGUAUUUAAUGCAAACAUGGGGAUGUUGCCGAUAGGAGCUUGUCAAAUAGGUGAAGCUGAGCUAGGCAGAGGCUCAGCGAGGGUGGGAAUAUACUAUAUCACAGAUAGAUCAACAUUUUAUUAACAUGUUUUAACCAAACUACUCCCCUUCGGCCUACCCGCCCUCUCCCUCCACUCUACAGGUGUCCACUGGCAUGGAAGAGAAAAUGCCCAUGCACAACGCUACACAGCUGAUGCUUUGGGGCGCAUCUGUAACAUGUACAGCAAGUGUGUAUUGUCUAUCUCAACGUUACUGUAUACUACACAGUCAAUAAAAUCAUCAUG